UGUUCUGCCCCAGACAGGCGAGAUUAACGCCUGUUGGGGCCGCGGUGCCACCGGACACUCCGGACCAUGACUUUGGACAGCAAACUCAUGGAGGAGACGGACAUUGACGUGGAGGGACAGACGGACGGUAGUGAAGAUGUGAAGGUUACAGGUUUUUCAGUGAUAAAUGCGGGUAACCAUGACUUUACGCAAAGUGCCUCAUCCUUCACUCCUGCAGUGCGGGAGGAGGGAGACUGUGCAGUCCGGCUGCAGGAGGGUCCGGGCAGGAGGACCGCCUCAGUGAAGCCUCCGUACUCUUACAUCGCUCUCAUCACCAUGGCCAUCCUCCAGAGCCCCAAAAAGCGGCUCACUCUGAGUGAGAUUUGUGAUUUUAUCAGCCAGCGCUUUGCGUAUUAUCGGGAGAAGUUCCCCGCGUGGCAAAACUCAAUCCGCCACAAUUUGUCUCUGAAUGACUGCUUUGUCAAAAUGCCCCGGGAGCCUGGGAAUCCUGGAAAGGGGAAUUAUUGGACCCUGGAUCCCAUGUCGGCCGAUAUGUUCGAAAACGGGAGUUUUCUUCGGCGGAGGAAACGCUUCAAAAGGCAACAUUUCUAUUUGGGAGCGCUGAAGGACUCCAGGGCGAAGGAGCGCAGCCUGAUGCCCGCGUUUCCUCUCCUCGGUGCGCACGGGAUGACUUCUAGUCUCCAGGGUCCUGAUUUGUACCAAGACAUGGCGUUAAGGAGUCGUUUAAGCUCCCACACUAGUGCCAGCAUCCCUCCUGUCAGCAGCAUCAUACCUGCUCUCUCCUCGCUGCUCUCCAAGAGUUUCCCCUCAUGUCUAACCUUUGAACAUCUGGACCCGGGACGCUGCGCCGCUGUACCACCUCUGGCUCCAAACUGCUCCUUCAUACCUCCUGUGUCCCUGCACGGAAUGAUACCAAACUACCCUGUUUCUCAGCUGUCCAGUUUCCCCACGGGGAUCAUAAAAGUUUCGUCUAAUUUAAUUUAAUAUGGGCUCGUAAUUCGCUUGUCCUGAGCGGAUCUUCUUCCUCUGAGAACAAACCCACGGACCAUUAUGUAAAAUACAGUUUUUAAUGGUGGCCUAAGCUUGCAAACAGGCCCUCCUUAUUCAGCAAUUUGAUUUUUAAUAACUGAUUUUGUACAUCACUUUAAAAUGUUUGGAAUAAAACGUGGUUGAAUUUU